AUGUCAUCAAUCCCUGUGGCACGGGUCAUAGCUAAACGCGGGCCAACGCACGGGCCCUCGGCCCCAGAUUGGUCUCGACAAUUGAUUAACAUCUAUCUGGCUUUCCCGACGCUCAAGAACCAAAGGUGGCCACUUCAACCACAAUCCCUUCAACAGCUUACCCUACAUAUAAACUCCUGCGCCGACGCCGCUCGGCACCUCCUUCUGUCCACGCUUCCUUCAGUUGCACAACCCCCCCUCCACCCCCCUUUGCAGUCUGGCAGUGCACAGUGUCGCUCACUCGUUCGACCUUCAUCACGCACACAGACACCUUGUCGCAACAUGAUACUGCGACUUUCCUCCCUGGCUCUGGGCCUCCUCUCCACCGCGCCGCUCGCCCACGCUCUCUCAGCCGCCGAUAUUCCCUCCGAUAUCCCCGUUUCGCAGCUGAUCAAAGAUGCCGGCGUCAAGCUCGCUACGGGAGACUCCCAAGAUGCCCUCGUCUACUUUGAUGUCGCCAUCGCUCGCGAUCCCCGAAACUAUCUUACCUUCUUCCGCCGCGGUGCUGCUUACCUGUCCCUCGGCAGAACAAACCAGGCGCAACAGGACUUUGAGAAGGUGCUGGAGCUGAAGCCUGGUUUUGAAGGCGCAUUGGUCCAGAGGGCUAAAAUAAGAGCGAGGAAGGCCGAAUGGGCUGCCGCGCGCAUGGAUUACGAGGCUGCCGGCAAAGCAGACGAAAUCGCCCAGCUCGAUGAAGCCGAGCGCGCAUCGGCAGCGGCAAAGGACGCGGAAGAGAAGGGCAAGUGGGACGAUUGUAUUUCGGAAGCGGGAACAUCCAUCAUCGUUGCCGGUGCAGCCUACGACAUACGCAAGACUCGAGCAAGGUGUCGAUUCGAAAAGGGUGAGGUGAUUGAGGGCAUCAGCGACUUGCAGCACCUUCUACAGAUCAACAAGGGCGACAUCCAGCCGCAUCUGCAGAGCUCUGCCAUGGCCUUCUACUCAUUAGGAGAGCCGGAUAAGGGCGUUCAACAUAUUGCCCGGUGCCUUCAGUCAGAUCCCGAUAACAAGACUUGUAUGAAGUUGAGACGACGAGAGAAGAAUUUGGACAAGCAGUUAAAGAAGGUUCGCCAACACUUCGAGAAGAGACAGUUCGCGACCGCCUCCAGGUUGUUGGUCGACCGCGGCGAGGAAGAGCCUGGCUUGCUGAAGGAAGUCAAGCAAGAUUUCGACGAGUAUGUCGAACUAGGCUACAUCUACAAGAGCUCGCCCCAGGGUCUAUACCGGGAAUUGGUAGAGCAGACUUGCGAAGCCUACAUCGAAAUGAACAAUCUCAAGAAGGGAACGCAGUAUUGCAAAGAGGCUUUGGAAAUGAAUCCCGAGUCGCUUCACGGCUUGAUCCACAAGGGACAGCUAGAACUGGAAGCCGACGACUUCGAAGAGUCGAUCCGUACACUGGAGGCGGCCAAGGAACAUCACGGACAAAACCAGAAAGUCCAAGAGCUGCUCCGCAAGGCGCACACGCUACUGAAGCGGUCCAAACAGAAGGACUAUUACAAGGUCCUGGAUAUCGGCCGUGAUGCCGAUGAUCGCACGAUCAAGAAAGCAUACCGGAAAAUGUCCAAAAUUUACCACCCCGACAAGGCUGCCGCACAAAAUCUCACCCCCGAAGAAGCUCAGAAGAAGAUGGCGGCCAUCAACGAAGCCUAUGAAGUCCUUUCCAACCCCGAGCUGAAGGAACGCUUCGACAACGGGGACGACCCCAACAACCCGGAGCAACAGCAGGGUGGGAACCCCUUCCACGGGUCACCAUUCGGUGGCGGCGGCGGGAACUUCUUCUUCCAGCAGGGCGGCGGUUUCCCCGGGGGCAGUGCGCAAUUCAAGUUUCAGCAAGGCUUCGGCGGGUUUUAG